UUGUGUACCCCGAUUGACCUCCCAGUCGCCAUUUUACUCCAGGGCUUACAACAGUUCCUCGUCCGCGCUCGUUAAAAUCUCACGUCUCACAGAAAGGAAAAAUCCCUUUUUUUUUGCGAAAAACAGCGGCUCAAAAACAGGAGAGAAAAAAGGGAUUCAGAUAUAAAAAGGGACAAACGCACUCGGCUCGAGAAAAUUGGACACCGAUUCGUCAGACAACGCCUUCACAGUUUCAAAAAAAGAUAGCGCAUUAAAAAUAAAUAGAAGCCAUGUCGAACAAAAAGAAGGUCCUACUGAAAGUUAUCAUCCUUGGGGAUUCCGGCGUUGGAAAAACAUCCCUGAUGAAUCAGUACGUCAAUAAGAAGUUCACCAAUCAGUACAAGGCAACCAUCGGUGCAGAUUUCUUGACAAAAGAGGUCUUGGUUGACGACCGGGUCGUUACGAUGCAGAUUUGGGACACUGCCGGUCAAGAGAGGUUCCAGUCGUUAGGAGUCGCGUUCUACCGAGGCGCUGAUUGUUGCGUCCUCGUGUUUGACAUUUCAGCGCCCAACACAUUCAAAUCGCUGGAGUCGUGGCGAGACGAAUUCCUCAUCCAGGCUUCCCCCCGAGAUCCAGACAAUUUCCCAUUUGUCGUCCUUGGAAAUAAAGCCGAUCUGGAAAACCGAGGGGUUUCGGCGAAGAGGGCUCAGCAAUGGUGUCAGACAAAGAACAACAUCCCUUACUAUGAAACAAGUGCCAAGGAAGCAAUCAACGUCGAACAGGCAUUCCAGACGAUAGCCAAAAACGCUUUGGCACAGGAAUCUGACUCAAGUCUUUACAACGACUUCCCUGAUCAGAUAAAACUUACAGGAGAGGUCAAAUCUCCCGGAGGCAGUGAUCAAUGUUCAUGUUAGUGUUGCGUCGAUUUGAUAUUGUGGGAAGGAGGAGAUAAUUUCACCUGGGGAUAUCUGCAAAUCGGAUCGGUUCUAUUGGUCUUUGCUCCGAGCGGGGUUAGAAAUGCAACCGGGACGAAUUACCAUAACAAGACAUAAACAUUAUUCCCCCCACCAAUAAAAAAUAAAAGUAAAAUAUUAAAAAUUAAAAAAAUGAAUAAAAAUAUAUGGAGGUAAAAAGAAAUUAUUAAAAUAAGAAUACAAUUUUGAUUUUCAAGAAUAAAACAUGUCACACUGAUCAAAAAAAAAAAAAAAAAAAAAAAAAAAAAACAGCUUGUCCACAGUCAAUAGAAACAUUUAUUUUAGUAACAAUCAUUAAUUGAAAUAGUACAAAAAUUGGAUUAAUCAACCCCAUUAAAGGUGUUUGGUGUUGACAAAAAUUAUUUUUCCUUCUCACUUAUUCCUUGCCUAUAUUCUUUUUUUUUUAUUUGCAUUUUUUAAAGAAAAAAGGAUUUCUUUUUGUGAAAAAGAUUAUUUGUAAAUAUGGACAUUCUCUUUGAAAUUUACAUGAUUUUAAAUCUGUUAUUGAAUUACUUCUUUGUACAUAGAAUGCUAAUGAUUUUUCUUAUUCUUUAUAUCUCAUAAAUUUAGAUGUUGAAAAAUAAGCAAAAGCUCAGACAGUGCACAUGAUAAUUGGUUUAAAUUGCAACCCCCUCAUGCUUCGGACUGGUACCAUAUUUGUAUAAAUGAGUAGUCGCUUUAUUAUAAAAAAAAAAAAA